AUGGAUGAAAGAUCUGCUGAGCCGAGCCCCGUUGAAAAGCUUCUGGAGGAGUUGAAAGCCCUCGUGGACAAGUAUCUGCCGAUCCUGGGACCGAUCAUCGGUCUGACAGAGGAUCAGGUCAAUGCCGUCAUCUCCAACUUUGACAAGUUUGUGGCCGAUUCGGACGACACACCGACCGAUCUGGACGGCCUGCUGACUCAGCUGGAGAGUCUUCUAAGCAAGGGUCUCGAGUCCCUGGGGCCGGUGCUGGGUCUGACUGAUGACCAGAUCAAGGCUGCAGAGGCUGACAUUGACACGCUCAUCAAGGAUAUCGAGUCGGCCGAGCACGGACACACCGACAUCGACACUGCGCUGGAGAAGAUCCUGACGGACGUGCUCAACAUUCUGAAGGACUGCGGAGCUCCCAUCCUACCCAGGACGGUUUCUAUGGCCACCACUGAGCCGAGCCCCGUUGAAAAGCUUCUGGAGGAGUUGAAAGCCCUCGUGGACAAGUACCUGCCGAUCCUGGGACCGAUCAUCGGUCUGACAGAGGAUCAGGUCAAUGCCGUCAUCUCCAACUUUGACAAGUUUGUGGCCGAUUGCGAGGCUCUAAAUCACGGCACCGUUGACAUCUCCACCGGACUCGAGAACAUGGUCACCGACAUCAUCGAGAUCCUGAGAGCCCUGGGCAUCGAUACUACCAAUCCCACUGACGACACACCGACCGAUCUGGACGGCCUGCUGACUCAGCUGGAGAGUCUUCUAACCAAGGGGCUCGAGUCCCUGGGGCCGGUGCUGGGUCUGACUGAUGACCAGAUCAAGGCUGCAGAGGCUGACAUUGACACGCUCAUCAAGGACAUCGAGUCGGCCGAGCACGGACACACCGACAUCGACACUGCGCUGGAGAAGAUCCUGACGGACGUGCUCAACAUUCUGAAGGACUGCGGAGCUCCCAUCCUACCCAGGACGGUUUCUAUGGCCACCACUGAGCCGAGCCCCGUUGAAAAGCUUCUGGAGGAGUUGAAAGCCCUCGUGGACAAGUACCUGCCGAUCCUGGGACCGAUCAUCGGUCUGACAGAGGAUCAGGUCAAUGCCGUCAUCUCCAACUUUGACAAGUUUGUGGCCGAUUGCGAGGCUCUAAAUCACGGCACCGUCGACAUCUCCACUGGACUCGAGAACAUGGUCACCGACAUCAUCGAGAUCCUGAGAGCCCUGGGCAUCGAUACUACCAAUCCCACGGACGACACACCGACCGAUCUGGACGGCCUGCUGACCCAGCUGGAGAGUCUUCUAAGCAAGGGGCUCGAGUCCCUGGGGCCGGUGCUGGGUCUGACUGAUGACCAGAUCAAGGCUGCUGAGGCUGACAUUGACACGCUCAUCAAGGACAUCGAGUCGGCCGAGCACGGACACACCGACAUCGACACUGCGCUGGAGAAGAUCCUGACGGACGUGCUCAACAUUCUGAAGGACUGCGGAGCUCCCAUCCUACCCAGGACGGUUUCUAUGGCCACCACUGAGCCGAGCCCCGUUGAAAAGCUUCUGGAGGAGUUGAAAGCCCUCGUGAACAAGUACCUGCCGAUCCUGGGACCGAUCAUCGGUCUGACAGAGGAUCAGGUCAAUGCCGUCAUCUCCAACUUUGACAAGUUUGUGGCCGAUUGCGAGGCUCUAAAUCACGGCACCGUUGACAUCUCCACCGGACUCGAGAACAUGGUCACCGACAUCAUCGAGAUCCUGAGAGCCCUGGGCAUCGAUACUACCAAUCCCACGGACGACACACCGACCGAUCUUGACGGCCUGCUGACUCAGCUGGAGAGUCUUCUAAGCAAGGGUCUCGAGUCCCUGGGGCCGGUGCUGGGUCUGACUGAUGACCAGAUCAAGGCUGCAGAGGCUGACAUUGACACGCUCAUCAAGGACAUCGAGUCGGCCGAGCACGGACACACCGACAUCGACACUGCGCUGGAGAAGAUCCUGACGGACGUGCUCAAAAUUCUGAAGGACUGCGGAGCUCCCAUCCUACCCAGGACGGUUUCUAUGGCCACCACUGAGCCGAGUCCCGUUGAAAAGCUUCUGGAAGAGUUGAAAGCCCUCGUGGACAAGUACCUGCCGAUCCUGGGACCGAUCAUCGGUCUGACAGAGGAUCAGGUCAAUGCCGUCAUCUCCAACUUUGACAAGUUUGUGGCCGAUUGCGAGGCUCUAAAUCACGGCACUGUUGACAUCUCCACCGGACUCGAGAACAUGGUCACCGACAUCAUCGAGAUCCUGAGAGCCCUGGGCAUCGAUACUACCAAUCCCACUGACGACACACCGACCGAUCUGGACGGCCUGCUGACCCAGCUGGAGAGUCUUCUAACCAAGGGGCUCGAGUCCCUGGGGCCGGUGCUGGGUCUGACUGAUGACCAGAUCAAGGCUGCAGAGGCUGACAUUGACACGCUCAUCAAGGACAUCGAGUCGGCCGAGCACGGGCACACCGACAUCGACACUGCGCUGGAGAAGAUCCUGACGGACGUGCUCAACAUUCUGAAGGACUGCGGAGCUCCCAUCUUUCCUCAGGAGGCAUCUGAGGCCACCAGUAGCAAGCAGAACUUGGACGGCCUGCUGGAGGCCGUGGAGCACACGCUCGAUUCGGCCCUGAACGCGCUCAGUCAGGUGCUUCCGCUAGAGGACGCGGCCGUGGUCGCCACCGAGAAUGACGUCCACCAUUUGGUGGUCGACGUGGAGGCCGUGGAACACAAGACGACCGCGCUGCUCCCCGGGCUGUUGGCGGUGGCUCAGGAUAUUGUGAGGAUCGCAAAAGACUUCAAGGGGCUACUUGCAGUCGCCUAGUCACAGCACUAACUCGGGUGGCUGAAUCUGGUGCUGCUGGUGACUUGGUCUGGAUGUGGAGAGAGCAGCAAGGAUGACGACAGCGAGGAACAUGGGCGCGUGUGAUAACAGCGUCGCUGCUGACGCUGACGCCGCCAGUAUUUACAAACAAUACACUUUAUAUCGUUA